AUGGCGUACCCUGGUCCGAGCUCUGACGCCAACGUGAAUGCACCUGAUGAGAUUGAGGAUGACAAUAUGAGCAAUGAAGAGGACAGCGCCGAAGAUUGGAUGUCAUGUGAUCGACGCUCAUGGGGCUCGAACUCGCAGAUGAGCUUCCGUUCGGACUCGCCGGAUGAGGCUGAAAGCCCGGAGUCGAUGAAUGCACAGGAGACGAUCCCGAUCCUGCCUUUCGAUAAGGAGUACAUUCCCCCCGAGGAUUGUUGGAGCGAGAUGGGUGCGAGCGACAUGCAAGAAGAGGAAGAGAAGGAGCUGGAUGACGAGGCUAUGCACGAAUUGGCCGAAUUAGAACGAGACGUUCAAGCGAAGAGAAGAAAGUUGCUCAAGGAGUUGAAUGCCACCGCGUCUGUCCCGGGCCUGGAGAAGAUGGACAAGUUGACCUUGGCUGGAGUCGAUGGAAAGAUGAAUGUCUCUCGAAAUGAAGAGAUUACCGAGAGCGACGACGAGGGCGAUUCCGAGAGCGAUUCCGAGAACAAUUCCAAGAGUGCUUGCAAGGACUUGUCGAAGCCCGACGCGGUAGGGUGGGAAUCGGCCGCGGAUGGCUCGCGACUUCUGCCAGAGGCAAUCGAGUCCAUACUUGAGUUCUUCAAAGAACGCCCGCACCUGAACCGUGCCGAGUGCGAAGAGUACUGCCUCAAGACGUACCUGAUGAUGGAGGGUGACGGCCCAUCCGAGGCCCGGGAGCGGCAGCUCAACGUGCACGCGUACCCCUCCGAGAGCCAAUUCCGCAACAGCUACACGGUCGAGAUCAUAGACACCACCGUCACCAACCCCGACCUUAUGACCCAGUUCUACAUAACUCCUGAGAGCCUGGAUGAGGACCAACUGGCCCAGGCCAAAGAGGCAUACGGCGACUUUGUCCCGCAGUACACCUACGUUGGCCACAUGGGUAUGGUGCCCGAACACCCGGCGGAGCUGUUUGUGUGGCGGAUCGUAUCCCCCGCUGGGCGCCCCAUCGCCGCCAACCGCUACCGGCUCGGUCUGCGGGUCAAUCAGGACAAGUACGUCGGCAUCCUGAAGCAAUUCGUUGACUUGGUAUGUCAACCGCUACGGCUGGCAGGCGGUGGUGGCCGCCUCCACGACGAAAAGGACUGGCCCCAGGUGCUGCACAACCAUCUCCUCGACGUGUUCAACAUCAUUGUCCGGCCCGACUGGUCGGGAAUCGCCUGCGUACUGCUCUGGGGGGCACCGCCUUCCAUGACUCUUCCCUUCGGUGCUUCCCUCUGCGGCCUCCUGUUCCUGCUGGAGGGAGGCCCAGAGGAUGGCAACCCAAUUUCCAAAGCCAAUCCUUCCCUGUUUGGGACCUACAGCCAUGAGGCGCGCGAGUUGGAGCGUCUUUGUAUGUACUACCUGCAGGAGAAGAUUCCCGCCCUCGCAGACGACCCGCAGGCCUGGCACCGCCUGUUCGGGGCCAUGAACCAGGGCAUCGAGACGGCGGCCGACUGGGGAGAAGAGGUCGACCGUAUUGGCUACCAAAAGCAGCUCGAUGAGCUGAGAUGGGAUUGGUUCCAGUGGGAGACAAAGGCUGAUACCCCCAAGGGGAGCGCCGUCGUCGCCUGCGCAGAAAGCGGACGCGGAGGAGAGAAGGGCGACAUGAACAUGCACAUGGACAUGGACAUGGAUAUGGACAGAGAGUAG